AUGAAGUACCUUGCUACCAUCCUUAGCUCCGCAGCCCUGGCGGCUGCCCACGGCUUCGUCGACACCGCCGUCAUUGGUGGCAAGGAUGUUGAGUUCUACCAGCCUUACACCGACCCCUACACGAGCCCUGUCCCCGAGCGUAUCUCUCGUGUCAUCGCCGGCAACGGCCCUAUCCUCGAUGUCACCAGCCCUGACAUGCAGUGCGGUGGCUCCGGCUCCGGCUCCAAGCCCGCUGCCCUUCACGCCCCGGCCGCUGCCGGCUCCACAGUCUCCCUGAGCUGGACGCUCUGGCCCGACUCGCACGUUGGACCCGUCAUUACCUACAUGGCCCGCUGCCCUGACGCCGGCUGCGAUGCCUACGAGCCCGGCACUGACGCCGUGUGGUUCAAGAUUCAGGAGGCUGGCCGUAAGGGUACCACGAACGAGUGGGCUGCUUCUGCUCUCAUGAAGGCUGGUGCCACUGCCGACUACACUAUCCCCGAGUGUCUUGCGCCUGGCUUCUACCUCGUCCGUCACGAGAUCAUCGCCCUUCACCAGGGUGCCGAGUUCUACCCCGGCUGCCACCAGCUUGAGGUUUCCGGCUCCGGCUCCACCACCCCCUCGUCUGGUCUUGUUGCGUUCCCCGGUGCUUACUCGGCGUCUGACGCCGGUAUUGACUACAGCCCCUACCAGACCACCGAGGAGUAUACGAUCCCUGGCCCCAAGCUCUUUACCUGCUCUGGCGCCUCGCAGCCUGAUGCUUCUGCCCCUGCUCCUGUUGCCACUGACGCUCCCGUCUCCUCUGCUGCCCCUGUCGCCACCGCUCCUGCUACCACUGCCGCCCCCACCACUCCCACUGAGCCCGCCACUCCCGUUGAGGAGGAGGAGCCUGUUGAGGACGAUGAGUGCCCUGCCGAAGACGAAGAGGAGGAGGAGCUUCCCGUCGAGGAUGACGAGUGCCCUGCCGAAGACGAGGAGGAGGGUCUUGAUCCCGUUGCCGUCGAUGAUGACGAGUACGAUGACGAGAACACCGACGAGGACUGCCCCGCUGAGCCCAUCGAGGAGGGCACCGAGGAGCCCGUUGAGGAGGAGGAGCCCAUCGAGGACGAUGAGUGCCCCGCGGAUGAGGAGGAGGAGGACGUCGAUGCCGAGGAGCCCGUCGAAGAUGACGAGUGCCCUGCUGAUGAUGGCGAGGAGGUUGAAGAGCCCGUCGCCGAGGAGGACGAUGAUGAGUACGAGGACAUUGAGGAGUGCGAGCCUGUCGUACCCACCAAGCGCCAGAGCCUCCACGAGCGCCGUUCCGUCUACUAA